CUGAAGCUCGCGAGGGAGUACGCGAUGGAGGGGCUCUACGACACCUCCAUCAUCUUCUUCGAUGGCGCCAUUGCUCAGAUCAACAAAUAAAUUGCAGGUUUUUAUCUCUGACGACUGUGUUAGGACUGCCCAAAUCAUUCACCUAGGAGGAAAAAGAACCAUAAGUAUCCUCUGUUACGCAAACGGAAAAAAUCUCCACACAGAUAUUCUCAUACGACAUUUGGAAUGGAUUAGCAUGUGACUGUCAUAUUAGAAUAUCCAGGUUAAAAUUUUCACCUUUGCAGAAUAGAGGACGCACACGUGCCAAUUUUAAACAACUUACGCUAUAUAAGUGCCGCAAAAAACAAGUGAGGGUAUACAAGUGCAAAGGAAGUGGGUAUUUAGCUGCUAUUUAGCCUCGAGGACAAAUUUGUCAUUGAUGUCAUGGGGCUAUUUUCGUCAUAUCGGGGCUCCAUCCGAUCGGGAGGUUUAAACGUCAGUGUGCAGCCCGUAUCCGCCGCAGUCGACCUAAAAUCUCUCACCGACGAGCCCAAAUAGCUUUGGCCGAGAUCUCCAGAGAACCUAGAAACCCUAACCCUAGCUCUUCACAAACCCUAGCGGCGAUGGCGGGAGCCCUAACCGGCCUCCAAGAUCACCUGAAGCUCGCGAGGGAGUACGCGAUGGAGGGGCUCUACGACACCUCCAUCAUCUUCUUCGAUGGCGCCAUUGCUCAGAUCAACAAGCACAUGAGCACUCUAGAUGAUGCCAUAAUUCGUUCAAAAUGGAUGAACUGCAAAAAGGCUAUUUCCGAGGAAGUAGAGAUUGUGAAACAAUUGGAUGCUGAAAUAAGGGCCUUUAAGAAUGCUCCAGGGAGCAGGCGGGCAUCAUCACCCCCUAUUCGAACGAAACCCUUUGUUUUCGAACCAUUGGAUGAAUACCCAACAUCAUCAAGCGCCCCGUUUGAUGAUCCUGAUGUUUGGAGACCACCAAGCCGAGACACAAGUAAAAGAACCACAAGAGCUGGUCAGUCUAAUACAAGAAAGUCAGAUGCAACUUGGGCCCGUGGUUCAACUAAAGCAGGUGCAGCUGGUCGUGGGGCAAAAGCUAGUGCAAGCAAAGGAAGCUCAAGUGUCAGAUCAUCAACUGCCUCCAGUGUUGGAGGAAAGAAAGGAAAAUCAAAUUCUAAUAAGGCAGAUUCACAGAAUGGCGACACAGAUGAUGGACCAACAAAGGGACAGUAUGAAGGACCAGAUGCAGAUUUGGCUGCAAUGCUGGAAAGAGAUGUCUUGGAGACUAGUCCUGGGGUCAGGUGGGAUGAUGUUGCAGGGCUUAAUGAAGCAAAAAGACUCCUAGAAGAAGCCGUGGUUCUUCCUCUAUGGAUGCCCGAGUAUUUUCAGGGAAUUCGUCGUCCUUGGAAAGGUGUUCUUAUGUUUGGUCCACCUGGUACUGGAAAGACGCUCCUGGCUAAGGCUGUAGCUACUGAAUGCGGAACAACAUUCUUCAAUGUUUCUUCAGCUACUUUGGCUUCAAAAUGGCGUGGGGAGAGUGAACGCAUGGUUCGGUGUCUGUUUGAUCUUGCAAGAGCUUAUGCUCCAAGUACCAUAUUCAUUGAUGAGAUUGAUUCUCUCUGCAAUGCUCGAGGGGCUUCAGGAGAGCAUGAGUCAUCGAGAAGGGUGAAGUCUGAGCUUCUAGUACAGGUGGAUGGUGUCAACAACAGCUCCACUGGUGAUGACGGUGCGCGGAAAAUAGUUAUGGUCUUGGCAGCUACCAACUUUCCAUGGGAUAUUGAUGAGGCACUUAGGAGGAGGCUGGAAAAGCGUAUAUAUAUACCUCUGCCAAAUUUUGAGAGUCGUAAAGAGCUUAUCAAGAUCAAUUUAAGAACUGUGGAGGUGGCUCAAGAUGUAAAUAUCGAUGAUGUGGCUCGGAGGACAGAGGGUUACAGUGGAGACGAUCUCACAAACGUGUGUCGUGAUGCUUCAUUGAACGGAAUGAGACGCAAAAUUGCAGGAAAGACGAGGGAUGAGAUAAAGAGCAUGGCUAAGGAUGAUAUCUCCAAGGAUCCUGUUGCAAUGUGCGAUUUCGAAGAAGCUCUGAAGAAAGUCCAGAGAAGUGUUUCGACUGCAGAUAUCCAACGCCAUGAGAAGUGGUUCCGAGAGUUCGGUUCAGCUUAAAAUGUUGCAGCAAACAUCAGAUUUAACGUGAUCCUUUGUGCGAUCCUUUAUUACGUCUGUUGUAUUGUUUGAGAGUGUUUCAUUGCAAUGUAAAUGUUUUGUUGUCGGCAAGAAUUUGUGACAGAACUUCUUGUAUUCUAAAAGAGAGUACGAAGGUUCUUCUUCUGAACCGUUCGAAAUAAUUUAUAAACAUAGGUGUGCAUUUUUAAGGACCAGGAAUUAUUGCCAAGUAUUCAUUAUUCAACUGCUAUGUGGAAACCGAAAAACUAUUCUGAUC